CUUCGUUCGCGGAUGCCACCAUCUUCACUUAGUACCACCGUCCUGGGUCAUCAGCUCGUACGGAGUGCCUCCUGCGUACUGAUUCGACCUGCUUGUUCCUGACUAUUUCGUUUCCAGGACUCGGUCUGAUAAUCUUACGCCAUUGUGAACCUGAGAUGGGAUACCCGCACCCCCGAGACAAGCAAAAGGUCAGCUCCAUCCAAUUCCAGGGUUUCCCCCUACUGUCGGUAAUGAACCGAUAUCCGACUCCUCGUUCUGAAGGCUCUUUGCGGAGACUUUGGACACAACACCGACCAUGUCGUCUCCAAUGGCUUUGGAGGACACACAUGUAAGUGUAGGAAGCUGUCGAGAUCAUACGGACAUGAUCGCUUUUGGUAGUCCGGAGGCCAAAAAUGUAAGUCCGCGUUAGUUGGCCGGUUGAUCACCAAUUUUGGCCAAAGAUGCCAAAGACCGACAAUGGCAAUUAAGAUCUCACGUGGGUUCUAAAAAGCAUUUCCUUCACCUUCCUGCUGUUCCUUGUUUUUCUUGCAAGAUCGUUGUACUUUGAUUAGCAUAAUCAGAGUUUUGCGGCCAGCGGUUACAGCUGAAACUCGAAUCAUGUCCGCGAAACAACGCCAAUACCUCAGCACAGGUUGGAAGUGGCGCCUUGCCAAUUCCAACGGGGUUUCGAUCCCGGAGGCAGCCUCGUCGAUUAAGCAAUGGAAUCCAGUCAAGAGAUUUCCGUCCGUCAUUCAAAUGGAACUCCUGGACAACAAGUUGAUCCCAGAUCCCAAUAUAGGUCUCAAUGAGCGGCUCAUGCAAUGGGCUGGAGAGGUGGACUGGGAGUAUUUGACUACUUUCCCCACGCCACAAUCCCAGGAAGUCGUCGAAUUGGUCUUUGAAGGCCUCGAUACCUAUGCAACCAUCAAGCUGAAUGGCAAGGAGAUUUUGAAGUCGCAGAAUAUGUUUAUUCCUCAACGAGUCAAGGUCAUGGACUGCUUGAAGCCCGAAGGACAAGAGAACGAGCUUUCCAUUAUCUUCGAUAGCGCCAUCAAAAUCGCCAAUGCAUUGGAGGCCAAGUAUGGUGCAAGGACUAGCUGGAUGAGAGACAAGAGGCGGAUGCAUCUCCGAAAAGUCCAGUGCCAUUGGGGUUGGGAUUGGGGCCCAAAGAUUCUCACGGCAGGUCCUUGGCUGCCUGUGUAUCUGGAGGUAUACACGGCGAGGCUUGAUAACAUCCACGUGUUCUCUGAUCUAGCAAAGGAUCACUCUUCUGCAAUGGUCACAAUCGAGGUUCAAGGAUCGAAAGCCGCUGCUUCAAAGACCACGAAGAUCACAGUCCUCGAAAAAGACGGAUCGAAAGUCGCAUGCUCCGAGAUCUCUUUGGACAGGUCAGGAAAAGCCACCAAAAAACUUACAGUGACAUCCCCCCGACUCUGGUGGCCCAACGGCCAGGGACCUCAGCAUCUCUACACGGCCAAGGUGGAGCUUAUGGACCGCUCGUCCUCCUCAUCGCCCAUCGACGAGAUUGCCUCGAGGUUCGGAAUUCGCACGAUCAAACUCAUUCAGCGACCCUUGACCGGCGCAGACGGCAAGACAUUCAUGUUCAACGUCAACGGCCGCAACAUCUUCUGCCAAGGAGGCAACUGGAUCCCCGCGGACAACCUCCAACCCACCAUGACCAGAGAGCGAUACGAUGACUGGAUGCGGCUGGCAAGGUACAGCAACCUCAACAUGAUCCGCGUCUGGGGCGGAGGCAUCUAUGAGACGGAAGAAUUCUUCGACGCGUGCGACGAGUUCGGCAUGCUCGUCUGGCAUGACUGGGCCUUCGCGUGCGGCGACUACCCCAUCCACAAAGAGUUCCUGGACAGCGUCAGGGCCGAGGUCGAGGCCCAGACGGUCCGACUGCGUAACCGGGCCUCGCUAGCCCUCAUCUGCGGCGGCAACGAAGACUUUUUCCUCAACGACAUGUUCGGCGUCGACUACGACUUCUCCGACCUCACGGGCCCGUUCGAAGACACGGCCUUCCCCCAGCGCAAGAUCUACCUCCAGCUCCUCCCGGAGAUCUCUCAGCGCCUCGCGCCCGAGAUCCAGUACUGGCCUUCGUCACCCUGGGGCGGCAAGGCCGCCAACGACACCACGGGAGGCGACAUCCACCAGUGGGCCGUCUGGCACGAAGGGAAACCCUACCAGGACUACAAGAAGCUCGCGGGCCGCUUCGUGUCCGAGUUCGGCAUGCACGGCUUCCCCGUUAACCGCACGACGGAUUCGUUUGCGCCGCCGUCAAGCGGUAACCCCCAAGACCGCCACCCCCAGUCGCGCGUCGUCGAUUGCCACAACAAGGGCGCCGGCGCCGAGACCCGCAUCGCCCGGUACCUGGCCGAGAACUUCCGCUACGACUCAAAGAGCCUCGAGAACUUUGCCUACUGCUCGCAGCUCCUGCAGAGCGAGGCGUACGGCUACGCCCUGCGCGACUGGAAGCGCCUGUUCAACGGUCCCGGCCGGGAAGAGUGCGCCGGCGCCGUCAUCUGGCAGUUCAACGACAUCUACCCUUGCAACAGCUGGGCGUACGUCGAUUACUACAUGCGGCCCAAGCCGGCCUUUUACACCAUCCGCCGCGAGUUCGCGCCCUUGAGCGUCGGCGUCGAACGGACCCCCAGGAGUCGCUGGGUCGACGAGGACCACCCGCUCGAUUCGUACCGACCGACGUUUGAAAUCUUUGCGCACAACACCACCACCGAGGCGGUCGAGGCCGUGCUGGAAGUGAAAGCCUACGAUCUAUUUGGAGGCGAGUGGACGGACGCCGGACCCGACGCCCGUCGCAAAGUCACCUUGACGGCCGGGUACAACACCGAGCUCGGGACCGUGGGGCCCCAAGACGCUUGGACCGAGGAGGGCCUGAUCGUCUUCGAGGCCAGGCUGGUCGACCCGGCGACGAAAAGGACGCUGGCGAGGAUGGUCAACUGGCCCGAACCGUUCCGAUACCUCCAAUGGCCUGCCGACACCAAGGUGACGGCGUCGGUGGAAAAGGUGGUCUCGGCGGAUGGUAGUGACAAGACAAAAAAGAAGAGCGGAACGGUGCGGGAAGACGAGGAGGUGCGGUUCGAAGACGCCGUCACCGUCGUGGCGAACCGCCCGGUCAAGGGGGUCUGGCUGGAACCCGAGUACGAUGGCACCGAAGACGAGUCCGAGCCGGAGCCCCUUUGGGAUGACAACAUGUUGGACUUGAUGCCGGGCCAGGAAGUCAAGGUCCUCGUCAAGGGGUUGAGAGGAAGGCCGGUCAAGGUCAGGUUCUUGGGAGAUUGGGAAUUGUGACACUGAAGAUGGAGAUAGUCCCGGAGCAAAGAGGCAAAAUCUAAGCCCACAGAAACUACAGGGCCAGUACUCUGUAUACUAUCGAGGGUUUUGUAGUUGACGAACUUUGGCCAUGUCACCGCUAAGAAUUUAGAAUAGAAUAGCCUCUGAUCAGUGACAAAGUACCUAGAAAGGCAAAACUGUUCUAUUGGAUAGGAGAAUGAAAAC